AUGCAUGCUUUUACCUCCAAACUCUCAAUUUAGUGUUUUCAAUAACUGAUUCCAGAAAUAACACAAAAAACUAGAAGAUAAAAAAAACUAGAUUAAAUAGAAGAUUAUGUCAAGAUAUACGAAAUCUACUUGAAAAUGCUUCUGGGUCAAGAUAUUGGGCGUGCAGAUGAAAAACGAUUUUAUGCUCUCAACAAUAUUCCAUAAAUAGAUGAAAAUACAAUAAUGGAAUUUGAUUUACCAGAAGCAGUCAUAAGUCUUCCCAACCCAGAUUUGAUUCCAGAUGAAUACGAUUACAGUAUAAAGCAAUUUGAAAUUUUUGAAUAAAUUGUAAAGUCUCUUUAGAUAGAUGAUAAGUCAAUUUAUGAUAAACUAUUUAUAAAGGCUUUGGAAAAUGCCUUCACUCACCUCGCUGAUCGCAAAAUAUAUUCGUUAUUUGAAUUAAAAACAAGAAAUAUAGACUCAAAUCAACAAUAACAAAGAAAUACUUUGGUAUAAUUUGGAACUUCGUAAUAAUUAUUUCAAAAAUCCCCAGAUAGAAGUCCCAAUUCCCUAAUUCUUGUGGAGAACAUCGUCAAUUAGUUGAAUAGAACAUCCGAUUUCCCUGUUUAUAAAAAAGAAGAUCCAAUGAGUAAAUUAGUGAAAAAGUUUAGAAAUUAUUUAAAAGAUAACAUCUCACAUUAUGCAGGCAGUUUACAUAAUAUCACUGAUUGUUUAUAAAUUGACAUGCAUAAAUUGGAAUACGUUUAAAAGAAGGCCUACAGUUAAGGAGAAUACCUCAAAAGAUAAGGUUAAUCUUGGUUUCGAACAAGAAAUGAAACCCAAGAUAUUUUGACUCUCAUCAGAAAUGCUUUGAUAAUUUAACUAUCUAGAAAAGGAUUCAAUGUGAAAUCGUUUAUAUCCAAAGAUGGAUAAACCAUCUAUCUUUGUUUGUAUAUGACAGAAAAGAUGCUCGAAAUUGCUGCUGAAAAUUUCGCAUUGCCAAAGAAAUUAAGCUUUUGUUUCACAGAUCUUCUGUCUUUAGAACCUGUGGACAAAUAGUAUCGUCCUUUAAGAUUGAAUGGCAGACUCUGGAGACCAGAUGAAUAUGAUAAUUCUCCUUAUUUAGAAUACUUACGACCCCUGAUCAUUGAUUAAAUAAGAUAGAUUAAUUUCAAAAGAUUGGCUAGAGAAGUAGGCCAAAGUGGUUUAAAUAUUGAGUUAUUUGAAUAUGGAAAGUCUGAUUUAUAUGGAGAUUAGGAUGGGCCAACGGAUGAGGAGUGGACAGCAUAUUAUAAAUAUUUGGUUCAUUUAAAUAAGCAUAUAUAGAUUGAAAGAAGUAAGCAUCAAAUAGAUAGUGACAUUGCUCUAUGUGUAGAUGGAUAAAAGACAGUUGAACAACUAUAUGGAAUUAGAACUAAUAGAAAAGAAUAGAUUAAUUAAUUUACUGAUUUAAGCGACGACGCCUCUGACAAAAUAAGUGAAAUGUAUGAAAAAGUAAGAGAAUUAAUAGAUCUCUCGUACAAUGUUCCUUUGAUAGCUGAUCUACCAAAAUUAAAAUCCAUCAAAUUGAUCAAAUAGCAAUAAUUAGCUCAUAAUUAUUUGAACAUAUUUCAAGAGGCUCUUAAGGUUGCCAAUUGUUCUCAACACUAUAUAAAAACAAUUUGGGAUAGGUACCAUUAAAAACCUUUUGAAUUAUAUGUGCCUUUUAAAAUUAAUUUCAUUGGGGAAUCCUUAAAGAACAUUGCCAAAUACAAACUUAAAUGGUGCAGAUACAUUAAAAAUGAAUAAAACUAAAUUACAUUGUUUCCAAAUAAUGAAAGAUUGAAAUUAGCAUCUUCCGUUAUUACUCAAACAAUUAAUUUAAAUACUUUAAUCAAUUUAUAGUUUGUCAAACAACUAUUCAGUUUGCAUGAUCAAUAUGAGUUGUUUGGCCAAUGUAAAAGUAUCUAAAAAGCAGUAAGUGAAGAAAAGCAUAACUAUAAGAAAAAGCCUUUUGAUAUUGCAAGUGAAUGGAAUCUGGAUUAUUUACAUCCAUGGAUUAUACCAACUGAUAACAUUUGUUCCUAUUUUGGGGAGAAGAUAGGAUUGUACUUUGAAUUUACUUCUUACUUCAUUAAAUUUUCAACUCCUAUGGCAGCCUUAGGACUGUUAUUUAGUGUGUUAAUGUACAUAUCAUAGAACUACAAUAAUGAAGUAUACACAGCAACCGUAUCGGUUUUUUCCAUUUUAAUAGUCCAUUGGAAUUCCUUUUAAACAGACUGCUGGCAUUAAUAGUAGUUAACUUUUAAUCUCAAGUUUGGAUAAAAUAGAAAUGUUAAAGAGAGCAUUAUACGUAGUUCAUUUAAAGGAUAAAAUGUAAGGUCAAUUGAGAGUGAUGAAUUGAAUUCAAUUGGAGUUAUACACUCGAAAUUCAUUCAGAGAUUGGUUAUAUCUAUUUUCAUCUUAAUAUUUCUGAUUGGAUCUGAUAUUGGAAGAAUAAUUGGAUUAUACUUCUUUAAUUUGUAUCUAAAGUCAGAAUUCAUAGAUUUAGGAAAUUACUUUUAAUAUUUUGAGAUCAUAGUGACAGCUUCACUCAAUUAUGUCAUUUAAUUAUUAAUCAGUUCGUUUUAUGAACAAAUUGCUACUAUUUUAACAGAUUUCGAGAAUUUCUAGACUUCUUAUCAAUAUGAAACUAGUUAUAUCAUAAAAAAAUACACAUUACAUUGUUCCUCUCAGGUUGUCCCAUUGUUGAUGGUUAGUUUUCUGAAUUCCCCUUUGCAGUUGUAUUGCAAGGAAGAAAAUUGUAGACAUAAUGUUGAGUAUUAUUUUGGGACUACGAUGAUGUUGAUGUUUUUGAUGUAAGUGAUUAAAUUCCUAAUGACAUUCCAAAACGAUAUGGUGAAGAACCCUUAAAAGUUAUACCCAAACAACCAGCAAAGCUUGUGUGAUUUUAUUGAAAUUUAAGAACAAAGAAUUCCUUUUUAAAAAAGUGUUGAAAAAUAUGGAAACAUAGAUGAGCACAUGGACUUUUUUUUGUAAUUAACUUUAAUAAAUAUAUUCGGUUGUUUAUUUCCAUUUAGCGUAACCUUAUUUUGGAUUUGGACUAUCUUACAAGUGUAGAUAUCUAAAUUACGACUACUCUACAUUUCUCAAAGACCUUGGCCAAAAGGAGAUGGUUCUUUAGGGAUUUGGGAUGACUUUUUUUAGUUGAUUAAUUAUAUGACACUCCUAAGUAAUACAGGGUUGAUUUGCAUGUAUUAUUACGAAACAAUGAAAGAUCAAGUCAUCAUUCUAUUUUUAGCACUGUUGUUUUAUAACUUUUUUAUUAAAUACCUUACUAAUUCCAUAUUCGGUAAUUCUCCUAUCAUAUUGGAUCAAAUUGUGAAAAGAAGCCAAUAUAUAUUUAAAAGCAAUAUUUAAAGCAAAUCAAAAUUAAACAGAUUGUCCCAGCAAGAUAACAAAUACAAAUUGUAAAGAUGUCCACUUUUUAAAGUGUUUGGAUCAUCUAUCUAUCGUAAAUAUGAACGUUUCGAAACGAUUAGUUCUGAAGAUGAAAUUGCUGACUAUUACACUAAGAAUAGUAAAUAAAUUUCUAAGAGAUUAGUAUAUGAAGAAGAAAUGUUUAAUUUCAAGAUGAAUCAAUUAAAUCUUAAGAAUAAGUCGUAAUAGCAGCAGCAAUUUCUUACGACCAAUUAAAAUACUCAAAAGAAAAUAUAGGCAGAUUCGUUUGACUAAUCAAGUAACUAAAUAAUUGUCCCUGUCAAUGAGUUUGUAAAACAAGAGACAUACACUCGAAGAAAUAUGAAAUCGAAAAUAAAGGAUAGCAUGAAAAAAAUAAAAUAAGUCUAGAAAUUGAAUUAUGAUUUCCUGUUCAAAUACUACUCAAAUAGAUCCAUUCAUUGGGCUUUUAGAAUUCAAUCUUCUUCAAAGGGGGAAAAGUAACUCAUUCAAGUCAGAACCAAAAUUUGGAGAUUUUUCUUUAGAUUGAAUCUUCUCUCUAAUUAUAAUAUGUUUUGGACCGAUUAUAGAUUAUUUAUUGCUCAAAGUUAUAUUUAAAGGAAAUCCCAUUUAUUUCAUAAUUUGGAUUACAAGAGGUAUUUAAUUUUGAAAAAGAGUUUUGACAAACAACACGAAUACUAUAGAAAUUAGGCUAUGCUCAAAUUUAGAAAACAAUUUCAAUAAUUUGGUAAUACUCUCACAUCUGAAGAAGUCAAAGAAUACAAUGAAUUAGUUUAUAAAUAUCAGAACUUUAUUGAGAAGAGAUCUUGGUUAAACUGUAGAAAAGUAUAAAUAUUUAGAUACAAAGGUUUGUUUUUUAGAGGAUUUAGAAAAUAAACUCUAAGGAAGCAAUCUAUUUAAUAUGCGUUAGAGUACUAUGAGGCUAGUAAAAAGUUAGAGGAAAUUCAAUUUGAAUCAGACAUUCAUAAGAAAUUUGGAACUAUUGUUUAGUAUUCAUGCAUUCAGAGAUACAAUUUCACUCAAUUUAUUGAUUUAUUCAACAAAUUAGAAUACGAGUAAAAAAAGCAAUUUGUAUUCUCAUCUACAAGCAGUAGAACAAUUUAAAAAACCUAUUAUCUAGAGUCUUUGAAAUCAGAAGUUUAUAAGUAAGUCAUUGAUAAAGCUAAGGACACUUAUAUAUUUGAACAGCAUUCCUUAAAAGUUGAAGAAUAUGCAAUGCAAUAUUUUCUUGAUGAAAUAAAUUAGAUUCCCAAUAUAAAAAUGAAGAAACACUUGCAUGACAUACUUUGGAUAGUUAGCGUGGAGGAUAAAGAAUAUCUAAUGUAGUUUUUUUAAGUUAGACAUGGUUAGUAAUUGCAAUUUCAGCAAUAUCAUAAUGAUGGAUUGGGAGUGUAUCUUGGGGAGAGUUAGAACUAUAUUAAAUAAUUGAAUAUACUUGAUUAAAUUGACGACUUUUUUAUCAAAGGGUAUUGCAUAUCAUUAUAUCAAUGCUCAGAGUGUAAGAGUUUAUAUUAAGUAUUGUAAUUCAGAAAGAAAUACGCCUUAUAUUACACAUUGGAUGAGUUGAGACAAUUUAUAUUUGCUAAUUUAAAGAUAAUGACCAAACAUCAUAUAAUGAAUUUGUCGAUUUACAAUUAUAUACUUAUUCAAAAUGAAUACAUGAUUUUGAAUUCAGUCAAUUAGGACAACAAUUAAGUAUGGCAAUUAGUUUAAGUUGUUAUUGAAAUGAUCUAUCUAUAGCCAAUAGAAGAUUUUGAGCAAGCGUUGUAGAAUUUAGAUCAUCCCUUAAAAUACUUCUUAAUCGAAAUCAUUCAUGCUGACAAAACUCCGAUCCAAAUUCUUGACAUGAUGUUGGAUCAGAAAUCUUUUUGGGAGAUUGACUUUUAAUUAGCAUAUGCUUAAAAAGAGCAAUCUUAUCAAAUCUACAUGGAAAAUAUGAAGCAUCAAAUCAAUUUCCACCUUAGAAUCAAGUAAUUCGAUAAAUGCUUAAUUCUAAUAAAAGAAGUAGAAGAAUACCUAAGAAUCACUCAAUAUGAAACUACCUAAGAAUUGUUACCAUUUUUUGUAAAUUCGUUUUCUAAAAACCUUAGUCAUUACAUUUUGAGAUCGAAUGAAAUCAAAAAGGUUUUGGAUACUUUACUAAUUUAUUACUUUAAGAUUUGUGCUUUGUUUGCAGUCAGAAAAGAUUUCGAAAAUGAGAUAUCUUAAUUGAUUGAUGGGUUAAAAAGGUGCAGUGCAUAAAUCAGAGUAAUGUUUAGACAAUUAAGUUUGAAUGUGAAAUUAGAGAAUCUAUCAGAAAUUGAAUAAUGUAUAGUAUUGAAAAGGAAAUUGAAAUAAACGUCUGAAAAGUAAUCAUCUAUAAGUUCAUUUGAAAGGUUGAAUCUCAUAAAUACACUAAGAAAGAACUAGGACUAUAUUCUCGUGAUUGUUCAAUAUCAGACCUAAUUGCAAAGAUAUUUAAAUUAAUUUUAAACCAUUAAAGCAAUCGAUUACUAUUUCAAUCAAAAUUAUAUUAUGGCAGGAAUUCAAUACUUGGAUGUUAUAUCUAAUUAAGAAAAGUUAGUAUUAAGAGAACCAGCCCCUUAAUGUUUAAAUGUUCCACUUGACCACAGUCCAGGAUUAAUCAAUCUUGAAUAAACUUCACCUGUAGAAGAGGAACAAAUAGCUUUAGAUAACACAGAUACAAGAACCGGCUGUUUGAUUAAUGGAGAUCAGCUGUAUUGUACUUAGAUGCUUUACUUGAAAUUUUUAUAUUUGAUAAAUCUUUAUGAUAGUAAAAAUGAAUAAUUUUAAUAUUAUUACAACGACUUUUAGGAACUAAAUAGUAUAUAUGAACCAGUAUUUAAAUUUUAUCAAAAUUAAUUAAAAUUGUUAAGAAAAGAAGAUAUUCCUUAACAAGACUUACAGUAAGAAAUGAAGUGUGAGAUUGGAAAGUAUUUGUGUGUCAGCAUUAUGAAAUGGUAAGAAAUAUCGAGCCAUAAGUAUUUGCAUCUAUUUAAUUCUAAUGAUGAUGAAUUCAUUAAAAGAUAGAUAUUCAUCUUCUCUAAUCUGCAACGAACACUUGAAAAUAGGAGGUUUCUACUCUCUAAAAUUAAUUUCAAAUUACCUAUUACACUUGAUUCCUAUAAUUGUCUAGUUCAAAUUAAACUAAUUUAAUAACUCUUGCAUUUGGAUAACUCUUAACCUAUUAGUCAUUCCAUACCUAAAUAGAUUAAAACUAAAUCAAUUAGAUUUUCAAACAAAAUCUCUUAUGUAAGACUAUUGCAAGAAUAUCAUAACCAAUUUAAAAUAAGGAAGGACUCGUGGUUUUUCUAGUAAUGUUUAGAGGAACUGUAAAUGUUCUACUUUUUAUCUAUUUGCUUUGCCUAUUCCCCUAAACAUAUAGAAAAUCUAGAUUAAGGAGAAUCUGAGAUUGCCAACUAUGCUGUGUAAUAAAUAAAGAAAUUCUUAUCCAAACCAAAAUUCUACUGUUAAAUACUUAAAUGCACCCAAAUAAAUAAUAAAUAGGCAGGUUAAUUUUUGAUAGAUUCCUCCCUGCCUAAAUAUUAAUAAUACUAAAUAUUUUGUUAAUUUUUGAAUUGCAGUCUUAAAUAGCAUACUAGUCUAAAAAAAUCAAUACAGAUGAUAGAAGAUAGCAUAACAGACGAAAUCUAACCAUCUAUAAUAAUUCUGGGCUUAUUACACUCCUUUCUCUAUUUAUAAUAAGUAGAGAUUGUGGAUUUGAUUUAUAGUUUUACUUCGAGAUUGUUAGAGUCCUAAGCCUUCAUCUUCCAUAGAACCCAUCCAGGUUUCGAACAAGAUCUAUAGAUAAUAGAGAGUCUAUACAAAGACUCAAAUCAGUACAUACCAUACCCAUAAAGAUAUUUGUAUGAAUACACAAGCGACUUUAAAUAUUUUGAUGAUCCUAAAUUUCAUUCCUAAUACUUAUUAUUCAAUAUCCUGAUGAAUCAGGACUAUUUCCUGAUUUAGGAAAUCGUAUCAGAAUCUAUUUCGCAAUUAAAGAAUCAAACUAGUUUAAUUAGAUAUUUUGAUUUAUAUAAAUGCUAUUUGGAAGUUGUCAGUUCGAUGACUGGUCAGAUGGAGCCAAAACAACAAUUUAUACUUAAAUUAAAUGAUUACAGAGAGGGAACUUUGAUUUAUGCUAUUUUAGCUCAUUUCUAAUGCAAAUAUUACAUCAAUUUGAUUGACUUCGAGAAUGCCUUAAAAUACUCUCACAAAGUUCUUCAAUAUAUUAAUACAUUCCUUAAAUAGGAAAAGAUCAUAGUUUCGAUUGUGAACGAUGCCUUGCACCGAGAAUACCCAAUAAAUUCAACUCUAAAACAGCUAAAAAUAAUGGAAUAUGAGUACUUAAUAGAUGAAAGUGAGGAUUCCGAUUACAUUCAUUUAUUCAAUAAUGAUUUCAUGAAUGAAGCCAUUUUGAAUCACAUUCGAAUUCUAAUCAACUUAGAGUAGAACUUGCCUAAGAUAAAUCUGCUAUUCUAAUUGCAAUUAGGAUUAGACAAUAGAUUACAUGUUUCAUAACUUUAAAUGAUAUUUGCUGAAUACUUUAAAUUUCUGUAGUCUGUUGAGGAUUGGACAUUGAUAUAGUAGCUUAUUGAUGAUCCUGCAAAUUAAAUUGAAGAUAUCAAGUAGAAAAUUUAAAAUGAAGAGAAGAAACAAUAGGUGUAUUAUUCUCUGAAAUUGAAUAUUUUGGCUGAUGUGACUGAAAUUGAUUACAAAUUGAAGAUAUUGGAUUUUUAACUGAGUGUCUUUCAAGCCUGCAAAUCUGGAUUGAACAAAAAGUUAAUAAAUAAUUGGAUUUCAUAAAGUGCUCAAAAAGCGAUUGAUGGAUAUUUAAAAAUAUUACCAAUCAAACAGCAUAUGGUUCAUCCUAUUGUUUCAGUUAUGUAUCUAAUAUAAUGUGAGUCAUAUUAAUUUUUAAAUUAGAUUUAAAAAGCUUAAAAUAUGAUGGAUUUAGCUGAAAUCAGCUUAAAGAAUUGGUUUGAAGACAACAAGCAUCCCUUAAAGGGAUUGUUUUUCUUCUCUUAGGGGAAUCAUUGCAAAUGGCUGUAUAAGCAGUACCUUAGGUGUGUAUAGGAGAUUAUUGGAUUGAAUUAAUUUGAUGCUGUUGAAGUAAAGGCUAUUAUUUAGGGAUUGAUAAGUUAAGAUCCUUAAAUAAUAAAAAUGUUUGAUUACUAUCAUUCAAGUGUGAUAAAAUCAAUAGUCGGACACUUGACGAAUUACGUGUACUAAUAACUUGGUAAGCAUGUGAAAUAGAAUAUCUUCUACAAGUACACGAUAUCUGAUGCUCAAGACAUCCUGGAUGACAUCAUUUUCAUAAGUUCAAUAAAAGAACUAAAUGGGAUCUCCUAAUAUUUGGAUGCCUUAGCAAUAUUUAAUCACUUCGAGACUGAACACAAAUGCAUUGACAUCAUAAAGUGUGCUAUAAUUGCUGAAAAUUGA